GAGUUACACCAAAGACUUCAAGGUUAUAGAUGAAGACUAGCAGUGUAUCGAAAGAAUAUUAGUGAGUUGAAACGGUCACAAAGGUGACUGGUAUAAGCCCCUAAGUUUAUAUAGAGGGAUGACCGCUUCCUAGUCAAAUAAGUUUACUCUGGUUUCUGAAAUGAGGCGUAAGGGAUUAUUCUGUAUUUUCUGUGUCGAAUGUAUGUAUGUCUAAUGAACAAUGAAGUUGGAGCGUAAUGGCGGUAAUCGCCGGCUCUAACCAGGUACCUAACUUCAAGGGACUUCAAGACUCACGGUGAUUGGCUCCCCGCUUUACUUUAGCUAUGGAUGAUACCUGUAACCCCCCGUAGGUCAGCUAAACAGCCCCAAAAUUAGGUAAUCGACCCUCCCUAAACCUUAAAAAAUGCCCGCCGACCCGCGUCGCACACACACGCAGGACGGCCGUGGAGUAACUCCAUUCGCGAAAAUCUCCCCUCCUAAUUCUAACACUCAUUUUUUUAAUAUGACCUAAUAUGACCACAUUCCUGUCGCCGUGACUUUUCUAAACGCCGGAAAAGAUACAAUCGUUCUUAGUUGGAUACACAUAUCCAUCCUCUAAUCACAUACAGUCAAUAGUCGUUAAUACCCUCCCAACUUCGAUCUAUUCCCACAAUGGCGAGAAAAGCAACAACCAAAGUCCCCGACGCAUGGGAAGACGACGACUGGGAAGUCCAAGCCGACAAAGCCGCCGCCGCCGACGAAGAACCAACCUCCACCUCCCCACCAAACCCUCAAGCCCAGCUCAGUCGCGCCGAGCGCCUAGCCCAACACGCCGAAUCCAAUCGCAAGCUCUGGGAAUCCGCCGAAGCGCCUCCAGAAACAUUCCACUACUUAGCCUCACGCGCCGACCCGCCUCUAACCAGUACCUUCAAACCCGCGGUCAAAGUCCUAAGCCGCAAGCCCACCUCCAACCCCAACGACCUAGACGACGACGACUUAGCCUCUAAAACCCCGCAACUAACCCCUUCCGAGAUCCUCGCCAAACAACAGCGCGAGCGCGAAGAGAAACAAAGACGAUACGACGAAGCGCGCGCCAAGAUCUUCGGCGCAGGUAGUUCGAACCCAUCUUCCGGAACUUCGACACCGGGCGCUGUAACACCGCCACGGUCUACGGACGGAGGGCGGGGCGGUCCGCGGGGCAGAGGGAGGGGAAGAGGAGGUGGUGGACAUCGGUAUAAUGAGAGUCGCGAUAGGGAGGGUAGUCAGCGACCGAGUAGCCAGUCUGGCGGUGGUAAUGGGAGGGAAUUGUACGACCCGAAUUACUCACCGAAGCCUGGUUUCCAGUUUGAGAGAAGAGGUGGAAAUAACGUUGGUCCUAACUACAACAACGAUGGUGGCGCUCCAUUAUCACGACGUUCGACACCACGCGAAGAGGAUCAAAUCAUCCGCACGCCGCGAGGCCCUGAUGGCAGUGGAAGAGGAGGUUUUGGAUUCGCGAAGCGAGGUGCCAAGGGCAGCUGAAAGAAUUUUACUUUAUUUUUGGUUC